AUGCCGGUGAGCAAGACGGUCAUCGCGGCCGCCGCCGCGGCCGCGGCGUCCACGAACGCGGAGGUCAGGGCCGCGGAGGGAAAGAUGCCGCGCGACGCCGCGGUCGUGAUCAACGUCCUUCGGUCCAUGGGCGUCACCGAGUGGGAGCCGCGCGUCGUGAACAUGCUCAUGGAGUUCAUCCACCGCUACACCUCGCAAGUGCUGAGCGACAGCGUGGCGUACACGAAGCACCGCGGCGGCGCGGAGGUGAACGUGGACGACGUCAAGCUCGCCAUCGAGACGAAGCUGAUGCGCGAGUUUCACGCGCCCGCGUCGGUGGAGGACAUGCGCGACCGCGCGGCGGCGCUGAACGCGAUCCCGCUGCCGGAGCUGUCCAACCGACCGGGGAUCCACGUCCCGCAGGACGAUAACCUCCUCGGCGCGCACGUGCAGUAUUUCCCCAGGCCGGGCGGGGUGCUGAUCGGGGAGGAAGGGCGGCGAGGUGCGUUCUCCUUACACUGGUCCCCAUACGACCGCGUCGGCGUGGUGAACGCCGUUCCUUAA